AGCCCCCCUGGAUGAUGGAGCAGCUACUCUCUAUGGGAUGUAGUUUCUGGAUCUUUGUCUACCUAGUGACCUGCUCUGGUGAUGCCAGGGAGUAGAGUCUGGAAUCAUCCUGAACUGGGAUCCAGGCUGUGUGACCUUGGCUGAAUCACGUCCCCUCUCUGGGCCUCAGUCUUCUCUGCUGUCAAAUGGGCACAUAAUGUUGAUAGUACUCAUCCUUUACCAUUGUUAGGAGGAUUGAAUGAUCUGAAACGUAAAAACAGAUUUAGUGCUGGGCCUGGUGGCCAGGAACAGGUCAGUCAACAUGAGCCAGUACUGUUAAGGUCACACACCCAUGUGAGGUCUGAUCACCACAUCACACGGCAGGACGAUCACCUCUCUUGUUCUGGAGAAUCUGCUCCUUUGGCUAUAACCUUAAAUUUCACUUGGCUUACACGAAUACAGUGGAAAGAUUAAGAGCUCUGGAGUGCAAUGAAAGUGGAUUCAGGUGGGGCACGGUGGUUCUUGCCUAUAAUCCUAGUGCUUUGGGAGGCCGAGGAGGGAGAUCACUUGAGGGCAGGAGUUUCAGACCAGCCUGGGCAACGUAGUGAGACCUGACUUCUACCAAACAAACAAAAAAAAAGUUUAAAAAUUAGCCAGGAAUGCUGGCAUGUGACUGUGCUCCCAGCUACUUGAGAGGCUGAGGCAAGAGAUCUCUUGAAUCCAGAAGGUUGAAGCUACAGUGAGCCAUGAUCACACCACUGCACUCCAGCUUGGGCAACAGAGCAAGAGAGCAAGAUCCUUUCUCUUAAAAAAAAAAAAAAGAAAAAAAGUCAGUUCCCAGGGACUUUGGAUAAGCCACUUAACCUCCUGAGCUCUGGUUUCUUCAUCUGUACAAUGGCGAUACAAAAUCCUUCACAGAAUUCUGGAAAGCAGAUGCGGUGAUGUUUGAAAGCAUCGCAGAGGCUCCAUAAAAGCUGUUUCCUUUCCUUUAGGCUUUUGGCGCUUAUUGAGCUUGUGGUCAUUUGAGACCUCCAGCUCUUUUUCUGGUUGAGAGGCAACCUGCUCACCAUCACUCAACAAAGUUUGGUGAGGAGGCUUGAGUGGAUCCCUGGGUGCGAAAGAGUAUCCCAGCCACAGCAGAGUCCCUUCCUCAGGUCUUAGCCGAUCCCUGGCUUCCCAGCUUUAGGAGCCCACACCACUCCUUGGACUUCUUGUCUCAGAGGGGUCGGGUGAGGAGUGCUGAUGAGGCUGGGCCCUCAGAACUGGCUUUGAGGCCUUCCCAGGAACCCUCCUCCGAGGUGCUUCUGAACUAAGGGGGUUGGCUUAGGAACUGCCUAUCUCCCAGAACUUUCUUGGGGUGGCCCUGCAUGCCCACCCCCUCCCCAACAUAAGCCAGACUGGAAGUGGGUUUCUAGCGGCCCAGUUUUGUCCUGGAGUAUGGAGUGCUGGUGAGAAAGAGGGAGAGAGAAUGGCGGGUGGGGAAGGAGGAGACAGGAGCGAAUAGAGAGAUAUGCAAGUAGAGAGACAGAGACAGAUCAGAGGGUGGGGCAGGGGCAGCAGCUGAUGUAUCCCCCAGUCCCUAGGGUCAGGAUCCUCUUGGGGGCUCCCCCUGUGCCCCAGCCCCCAUCCAACCACAGAGCAGGGGGAGGAAGGGCUUUCAGGGCAGUCCCUUCCAGCCGACAUGCCCAUUUCCUUUCCGUGCACCUCAGGGGAAGCAGAUGCCAAGGCAAAUGGGCAGCUCCUGGCUGGCUGUUUCCAUUGCUCACCCUUCUCUGCUUCCCCUGUGGACUUUGCAUAAGUCUGUCAUGGCUAUUGGUCACCUUGGCAGCCACACAGGUAUGAGCGUGGGGACCGCAGGCCCUGGACCAGGCGGUGAGGGUGAUGGCUGGGGCUGGCCUGUGCUGUGUCCAGCCACGCGGGGGCAUGUGCUGUGUGUGCGGCACUGAAGGAGAAUCCCAGUGACGGCAUUCCCAGGCAUCUGUCCUCAGGGAAGCCAGUGCUCUGGAUGGCGUCCACUUGCCCCUCCUAGAUAACGUCAGGGCCUGAGGGGACCUUGCAGAUCAUCUUAGUCCAGAGUUCUCAGAUGAGCCUCAAGGGCUGGCAAUGCCCCGGAUGUGGGUGCAUGGCUGCGUUUGUUGGGGGUGUGUUGGCGUGCAGGGCUUUUGUCAGAAUCUCAAAAGGAUGCUCAUCUCAAAACCAUUAAGAAGCACUGAGUCCAUUUUACAGAUGGGAGGAUGAGGCCCAGAGAACGGAAGUGACUUGCUCAAGGGCAGCAUCGCAAGUUGGGGCAGAGCUGGACCAGGAUUUUGACUCUCCAUCCAGUGCGCCUUCAGAUUUCGGUCUUCAGAGACAUCAUCUAUCCAUACUGGCAGCCCACUCUAAAAAGCUCUCCCUGUCCAUGGGACCCCCAUUAUCUCUUCCUCGUUGGAGCCGCUGAGUCUCUACCACUCCGCGGGGAAGAAACAGAGCCUCAGAGAGAUUAAGGAACCUGCCCGUGCUCAUCCAGCAAACAGCUGAUGUCAAAUCCAGGCAGGACUACCUCCUGAGACCAUCACUUCCCAGCCAUGGGGCCCAGAGCAACGACCAUCUGCUCCCUGUUCUUCCUGCUACGGAUCCUGUCUGAGCCAGCUGAGAACUCGGACUUCUACCUGCCUGGGGAUUACCUCCUGGGUGGCCUCUUCUCCCUCCAUGCCAACAUGAAGGGCACUGUUCACCUUAACUUCCUGCAGGUGCCCAUGUGCAAGGAGUAUGAAGUGAAGGUGAUAGGCUACAACCUCAUGCAGGCCAUGCGCUUCGCGGUGGAGGAGAUCAACAAUGACAGCAGCCUGCUGCCUGGUGUGCUGCUGGGCUAUGAGAUAGUGGAUGUGUGCUACAUCUCCAACAAUGUCCAGCCGGUGCUCUACUUCCUGGCACAUGAGGACAACCUCCUUCCCAUCCAAGAGGACUACAGUAACUACAGUUCCCGUGUGGUCGCUGUCAUUGGCCCUGACAACUCUGAGUCUGUCUUGACUGUGGCCAACUUCCUCUCCCUCUUUCUCCUUCCACAGAUCACCUACAGCGCCAUCAGCGAUGAGCUGCGAGACAAGGCGCGCUUCCCAGCUUUGCUGCGCACCACACCCAGCGCCGACCACCACAUCGAGGCCAUGGUGCAGCUGAUGCUGCACUUCCGCUGGAACUGGAUCAUUGUGCUGGUGAGCAGCGACACCUAUGGCCGUGACAAUGGCCAGCUGCUUGGCGAGCGCCUGGCCCGGCGUGACAUCUGCAUCGCCUUCCAGGAGACGCUGCCCACACUGCAGCCCAACCAGAACAUGACGUCAGAUGAGCGCCAGCGCCUGGUGACCAUCGUGGACAAGCUGCAGCAGAGCACGGCACGCGUCGUGGUUGUGUUCUCGCCUGAUCUGACCCUGUAUGACUUCUUCAAUGAGGUGCUGCGCCAGAACUUCACGGGUGCUGUGUGGAUCGCCUCUGAGUCCUGGGCCAUCGACCCGGUCCUGCACAACCUCACGGAGCUGCGCCACAUGGGCACCUUCCUGGGCAUCACCAUCCAGAGCGUGCCCAUCCAGGGCUUCAGUGAGUUCCGUGAGCGGGGCCCACAGGCUGGGCCACCACCCCUCAGCAGGAGCAGCCAGAGGUCUACCUGCAACCAGGAGUGCGACAACUGCCUGAACGCCACCUUGUCCUUCAACACUGUUCUCAGGCUCUCUGGGGAGCGUGUCGUCUACAGCGUGUACUCUGCGGUCUACGCCGUGGCCCACGCCCUGCACAGCCUCCUCGGCUGUGACCACAGCACCUGCACCAAGAGGGAGGUCUACCCCUGGCAGCUGCUUGAGGAGGUCUGGAAGGUCAACUUCACUCUCCUGGACCACCAAAUCUUCUUCGACUCGCAAGGGGACCUGGCUCUGCACUUGGAGAUUGUCCAGUGGCAAUGGGAACAAAGCCAGAAUCCCUUCCAGAGCGUUGCCUCCUACUACCCCCUGCAGCGACAGCUGAAGAACAUCCAAGACAUCUCCUGGCACACCAUCAACAACACGAUCCCUGUGUCCAUGUGUUCCAAGAGGUGCCAGUCGGGGCAAAAGAAGAAGCCUGUGGGCAUCCACGUCUGCUGCUUCGAAUGCAUCGACUGCCUUCCCGGCACCUUCCUCAACCACACUGAAGAUGAAUAUGAAUGCCAGGCCUGCCCGAGUAACGAGUGGUCCCACCAGAGUGAGACCUCCUGCUUCAAGCGGCAGCUGGUCUUCCUGGAAUGGCACGAGGCACCCACCAUCGCUGUGGCCCUGCUGGCCGCCCUGGGCUUCCUCAGCACCCUGGCCAUCCUGGUGGUAUUCUGGAGGCACUUCCAGACGCCCAUGGUUCGCUCGGCUGGGGGCCCCAUGUGCUUCCUGAUGCUGACGCUGCUGCUGGUGGCAUACAUGGUGGUCCCGGUGUACAUGGGGCCGCCCAAGGUCUCCACCUGCCUCUGCCGCCAGGCCCUCUACCCCCUCUGCUUCACCAUCUGCAUCUCCUGUAUCGCCGUGCGCUCUUUCCAGAUCGUCUGCGCCUUCAAGAUGGCCAGCCGCUUCCCACGCGCCUACAGCUACUGGGUCCGCUACCAGGGGCCCUACGUCUCUAUGGCGUUUAUCACAGUACUCAAAAUGGUCAUUGUGGUAAUCGGCAUGCUGGCCACGGGCCUCAGUCCCACCACCCGUACUGACCCCGAUGACCCCAAGAUCACGAUUGUCUCCUGUAACCCCAACUACCGCAAUAGCCUGCUGUUCAACACCAGCCUGGACCUGCUGCUGUCAGUGGUGGGUUUCAGCUUCGCCUACAUGGGCAGGGAGCUGCCCACCAACUACAACGAGGCCAAGUUCAUCACCCUCAGCAUGACCUUCUAUUUCACCUCAUCCGUCUCCCUGUGCACCUUCAUGUCUGCCUACAACGGGGUGCUGGUCACCAUAGUGGACCUCUUGGUCACUGUGCUCAACCUCCUGGCCAUCAGCCUGGGCUACUUCGGCCCCAAGUGCUACAUGAUCCUCUUCUACCCGGAGCGCAACACGCCCGCCUACUUCAACAGCAUGAUCCAGGGCUACACCAUGAGGAGGGACUAGUGCCACCCGGUGGCGUCUGGGAGGGAGGGAGGGAGGGCCACGGCGUUGGGAGGUGGAAGCCAGGGGUCUUCCCUGGCUGGUUCAACUCCAGAUGGAAGCAGGGAAGCCAUCCCCAAUUACUCCCACCUUGCCCUGGUUAAUAAUUUAGCAUUCCUUGGAGGUCCUUUGCAUCGGGGCCAUUUUUACCCACUUAGUGAUGGGUGUCUUAAAACAUCCACACUUCAUUGCUUCCCCUUGACCUAUUUUACAUGCCAGGCACUGUCAUCUUCUAGGAAAAAAGCCACCCAAGGUGACCUAUUGGUCUCCAAGGACAAAGUCUGAUUUAGCAGCCUACAGCCACCAUCUGGUGGUCGCAGUGGGCACCUGCGAGUUGCAGCUCAUUCCCUUCACUCAUGUUCAAGGCCAAGGGAGGCCUUGGGUGCGCUGGGCUGGGUGCGCUGGGCUGGGCUGGGCCAGGGUUGGUGUGGGCGGGUGGGGCCUACCGUUCAGCAUGUGAGCUCUGAUAGUGCAGCCAUGGCUCCAUUUGGUAGCUGUCUCACGUGUCCAUUUCCUCUCCUUAUUCCCGAAGCGCUCGGGCCCAGGUCCCUGGGUUAUCUCUAAGGGAUGGCCAGGCAUAGUGUGCUUCCCAAAUGCUUGUGAAUAAACCUCACUUGGGUGAAAUGAA